CAUCUUGUCAUUGGAACCUCAAAGACGUGAUUUCUAGAGAAAAAAAGAACUAGAAAUAGAAUAAAAACGACCUCCUUCGUUUUUUCUGUUAUCUCAUCUCUUUCGAUCCAAAAAGUAAUUUUACUUUUCAAAACAGGAAAAUCGUUUUGAAUGGAGAAACUAAGAAAAGCAUACGCCAAGCUUAAAGAUUCUACAAAGGUUGGCUUAGCCAAUGUCAAAAGCGAAUUCAAGGAUUUAGACAUUGCCAUUGUUAAAGCAACAAAUCACGUUGAGAGCCCUCCAAAAGAAAGGCAUAUUGCAAAGAUUCUUGUGGCAACAUCGAUUACAAGCCCACGAGCAGAUGUUGCCUACUGCAUUCAUGCACUUUCUAGACGAUUGUCAAAGACACGCAACUGGAUUGUUGUCAUAAAGACACUGAUUGUUAUUCAUAGAGUGUUGCGAGAAGGUGAUCCUUCAUCCAAGGAGGAGCUACUGCACUACUCUCAGAGAGGACAGAUUUUUCAGCUAUCAAACUUCAAGGAUGACUCAAAUCACCUUGCUUGGGAUUGCUCAGCAUGGGUACGGACAUAUGCGCUAUUUCUGGAGGAAAAACUUGAGUGCUUUAGGACAUUGAAAAAUGAUAUUGAGUCAGAUAGAUUGAGCAGAACUUCAGCUGGAAUAAGCACGGUGCAUUGCAGAACUAGGCUUUUAAAUGGCAAAGAACUUUCGGAACAACUCCCAGCAUUACAGCAACUUCUGUACCGCUUGACUGGUUGCCAGGUGUUGAGGGAAAGUUUCAAGAUCUAUUGUGCAAUCAACGAUGUGAUAAUCAGUCUUGUCGACUUUUUUUUCGAGAUGUCAAAGCAUGACGCUAUAAAAGCUCUCAGCAUAUAUAAAAGAGCUGGGCAACAGAGGCUUAGAUGUAGCUCGAACCUUUCAGUUUCCUACAUUGAAACAGGUCUCUCUCGCGUCCUUUUAGAUAAUGAACAAGGAUCAACAAUCAAGUUUAUUUUGUUCUUUGAUUUGCAGCCUCCUGCAUCAUUUCUGGAAACCAUGGAGGAAUACAUUAGGGAAGCACCUCAAAUGGGUUCCAUGCCAAAUAAUAGGCUGGAGUAUCAAGAAACCAAGCAGAAACCUGAAAAGCUCGAAGAACCUUUCCCCAAGUUAAGUGAAAACAAAGUUGAAGAAGCUAAAAAUAGUAUAGAGAAACAGGCUGAAGCACAAGAGGAAGCACUGCCGAAAAAAGAAGAAACACCACCACUGAUAUCAAGAGAAGAGCCUGCUGAUCUGCUGGGCUUGAAUCAACUGGAUCCAAAAGUUGCAGAAUUGGAGGAAAGAAAUGCAUUAGCUCUUGCAAUCAUUCCACCUGGCAAAGAAAAUCCAUCAGCUAAUAAUCGAGCGAUUGACACAGGAAAAACAUCAGGAUGGGAAUUGGCUCUUCUAACAGCACCAAGUAACAAUAGAAGCAAAAUCAUAUCGGAUAAAGAAUUGCUUAAGCGCACCUUGACCAAUUCCACGAGAUGUCUGCCACCUCCCACCAGCAACAGGCCGGGGGAUUCGACAAGCUAUUACUUGACAGCUUGUAUGAAGAUGAUUCAGCCAGGAGGCAAAUACAGCUGCAACAGGCAGGCUAUAGUGCAAGGUAUGGAUAUGAAAUGCUUGGACAGAGUUCAGUCAAUCACGAUGACCCCUUUGCAAUGUCAAACCACAUUGCCCCUCAAACAAGCAUACACAUGAUGAUGGCACAGCAGCAGCAACAACAAAUGAUGCAACAGCAGCCGAUGAAGCAACAACAACACGUGAUGUUGCAGCAGCAACGGCCACAACAAAAUAUGUUGAUGGUACAUCAGCAAUAUCAAGGCCAAUAUUCUCAACAAACGUGGUACAUAGGAUCUUCCAACCCAUUCGGAGAUCCCUUCGGUUAUCCACAAAGUGCCAUGCCACCACGGGGAAACCGUCCAUUGAUUUAGAGGUUUUCCUCAGUAAGAAUACUAUAUUCUUUCAUUCUUUUUGGCUAGAAGAAUCCCAUUCUUCUCCAAAAGAUAAUACAACUAACCAGUAUUGUUCUCC